GACUGAACCUUCUGCUCCACUUCCUGCGCUCAGACGACGGCUGUCCAUCAAGUAGCGAACUAACGUGCGAGCUAAUUUACUUUCAUUUAAUCCAACGAGAGUAAGUGGGGGAUAAAUCGUUACGCUAUAGCUAUCUAGAUUUCUUCAGUCAGCGACUCUCACGAUAUGUUAUUUAGCCCAGCCUCUUUGACCGAAUGUUUACAGGAAUGGGAAGAUCUCGAAAAGGAGUACCAGCAAGUUCAGGAGACUCAUCGCCUCUACAAACAAAAGUUGGAAGAAGUUUCCAAAUUACAAAAUGGCUCUUCUGCUUCCAUUUCACGACAGAAGAAAAGGCUAAAAGAGCUUGCAGCUUCACUUGAAGAAUGCAAACAGAAAGGGGGCCCAGAGGACAUAAGAACUAUCGAUGGGAUCCAAGAAUCAAUUAAAGAACGACCAAAUGUAUUUUUCGAGAUGGAGGCCUUCCUUCCAAAGAAAAAUGGGUUAUACCUCAGUCUUGUGCUUGGAAACGUGAAUGUUACCCUCCUUAACAAACAGGCCAAAUUUGCCUAUAAAGAUGAAUAUGAGAAGUUCAAGCUCUACCUGACUGUCAUACUUCUACUUUUCUCCUUUACGUGUCGGUUUGUGGUUAGCUACAGAGUGCUUGAUGCACUUUUCAACUUUCUGUUGGUGUGGUAUUACUGCACAUUGACGAUAAGAGAGAAUAUACUCAUUAAUAAUGGCUCUAAGAUUAAGGGCUGGUGGGUAUUUCAACAUUAUGUGUCAACUUUCCUCUCUGGAGUAAUGCUGACUUGGCCUGAAGGAGCACUCUACCAAAUGUUUAGGAACCAGUUCCUGUCCUACUCUAUGUAUAUAAAUUUCGUCCAGUUUCUUCAGUACUACUACCAGAGUGGCUGUCUGUACCGGCUUCGUGCCCUGGGAGAGAGACACAACAUGGACCUCACUGUUGAGGGAUUUCAGUCCUGGAUGUGGAGGGGACUAACUUUUCUAUUGCCUUUCCUUUUCUUUGGCCAUUUUUGGCAACUCUACAAUGGAAUCACACUUUUCCAAAUGGCUCAACUGCCAGAAUGGAAAGAGUGGCAGGUCCUUAUGUGUGGCUCCACCUUCCUUGUGCUGUUUAUGGGAAACUUCACCACCACACUGGGUGUAGUUUACCAAAAAUACACAAAUAAGGACAAAACAAAAGAUUUAUGAAUGAAAAACACUUCUAAAGUCUUUGUACACAGAGAAUUUUUUUAUACAAAUGUUUAUAUGCCCUUAGUUGUACUGUAUAAUAUUGCGUGAAGUUUAAGCUUUGUCACUCUUUACUGUACCACAGUUAUAAUGUGCUUUAGUAAUUUACAGACUUUAAUUUAAAAUGUUGCAUGUAACAUGACAAAGUUAAUGUUGAAUGUUAAUACGGUUAGUAUGAAAAGAAGUAAUGUGACACUUUAUACACUGUGCUCCAUGAUUAUUGGCACCCCUUCUGAAGAUUAACAAAAAAGGGUAGAAAAAGUCCACCUUUUGGUGAAGUCGUUUAAUCUCAUACUGAAAAAAAUGAGAAAUCCAAUCUUUAAUUGAAAUAAAUUUAUUCAGAGAAAAAUAAAUCCUCAUCAAGAAAUAAUUAUUUUCAACAAAAACGUGCCACUAUUAUUGGCACCCUGGAAAUGAUUAAGACAAUGUAACUCAAGCAUGUUUCCCAUUGAAAUUGUAUUUUUGAGUUCAAUGGAGUGUGUAGGAACUGUCAAGCUGUAAUUCAUGACUUCCUGAUUAAUUGGGGUACAAAUAUGAGGUGACAAAUUAUUUUAUUCAUCCAGCAACAUGGGAAACAUAAGAGAACUUAAAAACCAAAUGAGGAAGUGUGUUGACCUUCAUAAGUCAAUAGCUAUUAAAAAAAAAAAAAAAGCUACUUGCCUGAAAAUGUCCAUUUCUACUGUUAGGGCAAUAAUAAAAAAAAAUUGGACACCAAUUGGAACUGUUACAAACUUGCCUGGAAGAUGACCCAAGUUUAUUUUGCCCUCAUGUACAGUGAGGAGGAGGGUAAGGGGGGAAUCCCCAAGAAUCACUGUUGGUGAAUUACAAGAAAAAGUAAAAUCUUGGGGUUUUCAAGUCUCCAAAACCAACAUUACGUGCCACCUCAAUGCCAACAGGUUAUUUGGAAGGUUUGCCAGAAAAGUCUUUUCUGUCAGUUAACCACAAACAUAAACGUCUGAAGUUUGCGAAAUGCUACUACAACUCUGACUAGAACCAUGUUCUAUGGUCUCUGAAGUAACAAAAAUGGAGCUUUUUGGCAAUAAACACUCAAGGUGGAUUUGGUAUAAAAAGAAGAAUGGCUAUAAUGAGAAGAACCUGAUACUAGCUAUAAAAAGUUCUGCGAUGUUUGUUUGUUUGUUUGUUUGUUUGUUUGUUUGUUUUUUUGGCUGUUUUUUCUCCAAAGGGCUUGCAAACCUUGUUGGGGUACAUGGCAUCAUGGACUCCAUGAAAUAUCAGGACAUUUUAAAUCAACAUCUGGCUGCCUCUGCCAGGAAACUAAAACUGGGCAGGGUUCUCCAUAAAACCUGAAGUAGCUGGCUAAAAAAAAAAAGGUGACAGCAAAACCUCCGCAGCGUACCAAAAGCGCACUAAUGCUUGGGGGCAUACCCCCCCAGAGAAUUUUGAAAUUUACAUACCUUAUGGUGCAUUCUCAGCUAAUAAAUUGUUCAUCAUUUCCCUGUAAAAUACUUGCAAAAUAUGUAUGAAAUUUCCCUCCAGAUGUCUGUGUGCUUGGGUUUCUCAGUUAUCUUCUGUAGUAUGCUGAUUCUGUAACAUAACUACAUGGUGUAACAUUACUACAUACAGUAUGCUGCGACGUGGUCACGUCGUCUGGUUCAUCUAAUCAGAGUGUGAAAAUUGAUCAACAAAUACGGUGUUGCUUCCGGCCACGUUUGAUGCGAAUCAAAGACAAUUUUGUGGUGAAAUAAGUGGAUUUGCAGCAAAUUAUGGGCAGCAGAGAUUAUAUAAAUCACUUGAACAUCGAAAGGCAACUUUUUAUUUUUUCUGGGAUCGAGUAGCUGGCGCAGACCAUCUGUGUAGGCAGAGAAAACUGCCGGUGCUUGUGGGCAUCUCUGCUGAGUCAUCAUUGGAUCUUCCAAUAGGACAAUGAUCUGAAGCAUAUACCCAAAUCAACACAAAAAUGGUUAACUGACUACAGGAUCAAGCUUCUGCCAUGGCCAUCUCAGUCCCCUGACUUGAACCCCAUUGAAAACCUGUGUGCUGAAGAGGAGAAGCACAAGAGAGGGCCUCGGACCCUGGAUGAUGUGGAGAGAUUGUGUAAAGAUGAAUGGUCUCAGAUACCCUGCUCUGUUUCUCCAACCUUAUAAAAUGUUAAAGGAGAAGACUCCGUGCUGUUUUACUGGCAAAGGGAGGGUGUACAAAAUAUUAAAUGCAGUGGUGCCAAUAAUGGUGGCACAUGUGCGUUUGUUGAAAAUGAUUAUUUCUUGAUGAGGAACUUGUUUUUCUGUGAAUAAAUUUAUUUCAAUUAAA